AUGGAGAUGGUGCUGCUUGGGUCCUUUGAGGGUACAAAGACUUUGGAUAUGUCUGGGGUGCCAGGUAUCUUGGGGAAACAGAAGAGGGUGUCCAGUUUGUACAGGGAGAGGAAGGGACGUCCUCUCAACUGCCUGCUUGUCUCUCCGCUUUCCUCCCUUUCUCAGGACUACUCAGCAGGUCCCAGGAGCCAGUUCCGCAUCCCCUGCUGCCCGGUGCAUCUCAAACGCCUUCUCAUCGUGGUGGUGGUGGUGGUCCUCGUUGUCGUGGUGAUCGUAGGGGCCCUGCUCAUGGGCCUUCACAUGAGUCAGAAACACACCGAGAUGGUCCUUGAGAUGAGCAUAGGAGCACCGGAAACUCAGAAACGUCUAGCCCCGAGUGAGCACGCGGACACCAUCGCUACCUUCUCCAUUGGUUCCACUGGCAUCAUCCUUUAUGACUACCAGCGGCUCCUGACUGCCUACAAGCCGGCUCCGGGAACCUGCUGCUACAUCUUGAGGAUGACUCCAGAGAACAUCCCUAGCCUUGAGGCUUUCACUAGAAAAUUCCAGAACGUCCAGGCCAAUCUCUCUGCACCCACCUUCAAGCUAGACCAGGAGGAAGGGCAUGAUUCUGGUUCCGAGUCUUCUGGGCGAGACCUGGCUUUCCUGGGCCUUGCUGUGAGCACCUUGUGUGGAGAGCUACCAGUGUACUAUAUCUAGGACCCCUCAGGGUGGGUGGAAACUGCACCGGAACAGGAAAGACCCGCCGCAAAAGGGUCUUUGACAGCAAUCAGGAAGCUGCUUCUGCCCAUACCCGACAGGACAGGGUGGAAGCCCAUAGGAGUAGAAGAGAGGUGUCUUCUACCACAAAAGAAUAAA